CUGGACGCCGUUGGCAAGGCCAACUAUACAAAGCUAGUCAAACAGUACAGGGAAAAGAUUCUGCAACCGAAACCACGCACAUAUGGUGGUAUGGGAUUUGCCAAACCGUCAAUAUGGAUUGAUUGUCUCGAUAACGGGUUUAUGACCUACUUUCAGGAGGUUUAUGAAGAACACAUUGUCGGGUUUGCAUCCGGAGCAGCCUCGUUUAAGAACAAGCAGAAGGAUGAGAAUAUGUUGUGGAGGCAAAGGUUAAAAGCCAGGCAGCAGGGCGAUACGAGAGAUGCAAACGAUAUCGAAAGUGUCAUCGAAGGUCACUCCCUGACAGUUGAUCUGGAGGCUCGUAUGGAGGCCUUCAAGCAGAAGAAAUCCGAUCACAAACGACAGCAAGAUAGCCAGGAUAUGUUUAGAACAGAUAUAGCCAAAGACAACCAAAGUAAAUCUGCUAAACGGAUAGGUACCACCAAAGCCGAACAGUCAGCAGCGGCCAGGAACGUCUCCGUGGCUUCAGGGAACCCGUUUAAUAAGAGACAAGUGCAGAACGUGACCAAAGGAAACCUCGAUGUGGAUGCGCAAAGGAAAGCUAUCGAGCAAUACCGUUUACUCAAACAGAGGCAAAGGCAACAAAAGCGAUAG